AUGGGAGAACCGGAUUAUAGACGAGUUUGUUUGCAUUGGGAAACCGAUUCAACGGCAUUAGCAUCAGACGGUUUCAAUGUCAGGUAUUGCGAAAUCCAAACCUGGGGUUCGCAACGGUGUAAAGUCCAAAACGUUCCCGAUUUCUCCGAAAAUAAUUUGGAUAAAGGGGAGGAGGUUAAAACGUUUAACGCGGAUAUAAAAGGGUUGCGAAUGGCAACUACUUAUUCGUUCGAAGUGAAAGUUGCUAAAGAAAAAGGUGAACGAGAAGAUAGAGCUGAUGGAGAUGAUAAAAAUCAAAAUAUCAUUGUGAUACCUACCAAAGGAUUUUCUGCCAAAGCGACGCAGUGUCUACCUCACGCCAGUGAAAUAGAAGUUUCAACGGGACCUUUCUUCGGAGGCAGAAUCGCUGUAGAGGCGGCUGACGGGGAAAGAUGCGCCAUCGACGGCGAACCAGACAGCCCCCGAGACGUAUAUACGUUAAGAAUAAACCACACGGAAUGCGGUAGUCAGGUCAACGAUACCACUGUUGCCACUUUUGUUUUGGUACAGGAAAAUUUACCAAUUUUGACGCACAGUACCAGGAGAUUUUUGGUUUUGUGCUCGUAUCAACCAGAAACUCUGACAGUUCGUGCCGGUAUCAACCUUCCGAACGGUGCACAUCAUCAUCAAGGUGGACGGGGACAAGCGCACAUCCAAGCCCAUUACGAAGAUGGAGACAACAACUUAGGAAGACGAUCGAGAACUGGUCGUGUGAUGCAAAAACCGGAAGCGUUAGUGAAAGAAGAAACUACAGCGGAACUAAAAGAACCAAUAUCUUACAAAAAUAACUUCGUACCCAUAUUCGUAAUAACUAUGUUAGUUAUAGCUGGAGUGAUAGGAAUAGUAGCUAUAGCACUCAAGAUCGUCGGUAAAAAAAUAACUAAAGAAUUUGACAAUGUAUCGAUUGCCUCGGAUCUAUCGACAAGUAGUUGCAGUACCAUUACGGACGUCGAAGCAGCUUGUGAUAAUAAUAAAGAAGAAAAGAAAUUACCCAAUUUUAUCUAA